GUGAUGAGGAGUGGGGAAAGUAUCCAGAAGUCGAAAUUUUUGUUGUCUGUUGUUUUGGUUUUAGUUUUUUGCUAAGGCAACCCCAUUUUAAAGUGGAUUGGGAAGGGUGAGGAAACUGCUCUGGGGACAAAGGGAACGCGGCAGAUAGCGGUGGACAGACUGAGAUGACCGCUUCGUUACCUUGCGAAUCACCGCUGCCCUGACCCGAGGAGACGGUCAUCCUUCCAGAGAUGGCGGUGGGCGGUUCUAUGUAAUCUCACAACAGCCCCGUUUGGUACCCUGUGAGGUAGUGGCUAAGGGAACGGGUUUUGGUAUCACACUCAGUUGUGAAUCCUGGCUCUGCUUACCACCGGACUUGGAGGAAUGACUUGAACUCUGACCCUGUGUCCUUACCUGUAGAAUGAGGAUAAUUCUUUCCCACCUUGCAGAGCAGUUGCGAGGAUUAAAGGAAAUUAUCUUGGUGACAAGUUUAUCAUGGUGCCUGCCAGUAGGUAGGCCCUUGUCUUAAAGCAAGGGAGACAGCUCUGAGUCUCAGGAACUACAGCUUCUCCCUCAGUGCCUGGACGAGUGCCAGGAGCUACUUUCUGGGGACCUGUGGAAUGUUACCUUGGGGACCCAAGAAAGCCGAAGGAAGAUGCUCCAGACCAGUAACUAUAGCUUGGUGCUCUCCCUGCAGUUCCUGCUGCUGUCCUAUGAUCUCUUUGUCAAUUCCUUCUCGGAGCUGCUCCGCAUGGCUCCCGUCAUACAGCUGGUACUUUUCAUCAUCCAGGAUAUUGCAAUCCUCUUCAACAUCAUCAUCAUUUUCCUCAUGUUCUUCAACACCUUCGUCUUCCAGGCUGGCCUGGUCAACCUUCUCUUCCAUAAGUUCAAAGGGACCAUCACCCUGACAGCAGUGUACUUCGCACUCAGCAUCUCCCUUCAUGUCUGGGUCAUGAACUUACGCUGGAAAAACUCCAACCGCUUUGUCUGGACAGAUGGACUUCAAACGUUAUUUGUAUUCCAGAGACUAGCGGCGGUAUUAUACUGUUACUUCUACAAGCGGACAGCCGUGAGACUGGGCGAUCCUCGCUUCUACCAAGACUCUCUGUGGCUGCGCAAGGAGUUCAUGCAAGUCCGAAGACUCCCAUUGGCCAAAGCGCUCGCGUGACUGAGCCCAGUGUCAGAGCUGGAAAGCACCACCAAGUUUCCUGGUAAAAGACAUGGGUACAGGGAGGGCCGCUAAUUCAGCCAGGCUAGCCCACCAGAAAGCUGCUCUGUGAAACUCAUUAUUCUGAGACACUUUAGCCCCCGGGGUUGGCAAACUUUUUCUGUGAAAGGCCGAGUAGUCAGUAUUUUAGAUUUUGAAGGUCAUGUGGUCUGUCGCAGUUGCUCAACCCCAGCAUUGUAGCAGGAGAGCAGCCAGAGAUAAUAGGUAAAUGGAUGAACUGUGUCACAGAUUAUUUUUUUCUUUUGAUUUUUUUUUCAACCAUGUAAAAAUGUAAAUCUAAUCUUAACUUGAGGGCACUACAAAACAGGCUGGAUUUGCCCCCCGGCCGUGGUAUGCUGACCCCUGGUUUAGAAGCCUAGAAUGAAGUUCUGGGGAAAGAGAGACUGUAAUCAACUGUGCUGACAAUAUUUUAUCAGCUAUUUUAAAAGAAAAGGUAUAGUGUUCAAAGAAAAUACCUAAGAUCCCGUAUCCUGUAAUCAGAAGAAGUGAUCCAAAAAGUCUAACAAGCUACUGUCUAUACUUACCAUACUUUCGUCUCUAAAAAGGAAAAUGACAACAGCCCAAUUUUGAAUCUUUUCAUAAAAGCUCUUAAAGAAAUAUUAUAGUCCCCUUUGCUCAUCACAAACCCUGAAAGAGGCAGUUUUCUAUGCCCCAAAGUGAAUCAAGGCCAGAUUGUUCUCUGUAGCCUUUGCAGCUAGUGAGUACAACCAAAUGCCUGUUUCCUCACUCUCAGUAUAAAUGGCACUUUGUGGCCCUAGGAGUCUCUGGGAGGGGGGUUGUCUGUGUGUUUGUGUAUGUGUGUGUGUGUUUCCGUUAGUAAUUAAUUCAUUCACAUGAUACAAAAUUCAAGUUAUGAAAAGGUUUAUGCUGUUAGUCUUCCCACUGCUACAUCUCAGCCACUGAGUUCCUUCCCCCUCCCCUCCUUGACAAUCUACAUGUACUUAAUAGACUUCUUAUGGAUGAUAGAACAUUUCGGGAAGUUUUUUUUUCAUCGCCGUUGCAGAAGCCACCCUGCUGGCUCCACAGCCCCAGGGCUGGCAGCAUGCAGAGCACCAGGCCCACCCUGGCGCCAGCCCAGGAGGUGCCCCGGGAAAGGGGCACAGGCACCUGCAGGGCUCUGCCUUGUGCCACGGUGGCCACCACUGCAGUCCCUGGGCGUGCAGCCAGUGCUGGCCCUCCUCUGGGCCCACCGGGGUCCUGAGUGUGGGGCAGGGGCUCGCCCACCAUCCAAGUCUCCAGAAAUAUUUUUACAAAAGAAAAAAUUGCCAUAUCCUACCCCAGUCAUUUAUUUCAAAUCUGUGACAGUAUGUAUAUUUUAUACACAGUUGUGAUUAUGAGGAAUAUGCCAUAAAAUAGUUUGCUUUUUUCUUUUUCAUUUAGCAAUUGGAAUAUGUUUUUAAGAUGUAAUGUAAAUUGACUCUUCGGGGACAGUUUUCAGAGACCAGUGGAAGAAAAUAAACACUUUAAAAGUG